AUGGAAGCGGCGCCCGAAGACGAGGCUGAGCGCGGGGGCGAGGAGGAGGGAAUGAAGUUCAAGGGCUGCUGUCACGGCCCAAGGACUUCAAGGCGGCCCAUUUCCCAUCUGGGCCCACUUACCUUCCCAAAACCAUACAACGCAUUUUCCGGGCCGCGGCCCAAAUCGAAAAGGCCGGGCCUUUACCUCGCGUCCGUCGGAGAAAACAGGAGGGGCGGCGUUGGGGAGAGGGGCGCUUUUCCGGCGAGGUGCGCGGCGGAGGGGCUGUUUGUUGGAGGGCGGGGGAGCGGGUCUGCGGCCGCGGCGGCGGCGGAGAGGUACGAGGUGGUGGCGCUGGUGGCGGCGGUGAUGUGCCUGUGUAAUGCGGAUAGGGUGUUGAUGUCGGUGGCCGUGGUUCCUCUGGCGGCCAAGUAUGGCUGGUCGAGUUCUUUCUUGGGCAUUGUUCAGUCAUCCUUUCUAUGGGGAUACAUGUGUUCCUCGAUUAUCGGAGGUGCUUUGGUCGAUAAAUACGGAGGAAAACGAGUCAUUGCUUGGGGCGCGACUUUUUGGUCCUUAGCCACACUCUUAACUCCAAUGGCGGCUAAUCACUCGGCAGCUAGCCUUUUCGCCGUUCGUGCUUUAUUCGGAUUUGCCGAAGGCGUAGCUUUACCUUCAAUGAACAAUGUCUUAUCAAGAUGGUUUCCGACCAAUGAGAGAGCGACAGCUGUCGGGAUAUCGAUGGGAGGAUUUCAGCUCGGGAAUGUUGUUGGUUUGGCUUCGACUCCACUUAUAAUGUCGAAAUCGAUCGGGAUUUCGGGUCCUUUUGUUCUCUUUACAUCGCUCGGAAUUCUUUGGCUCGUUACAUGGACACGUAGGGUCACCAACGAGCCACGAUCGAUCCAAGCUGGCAAAUCGGGCUCGUAUGUGGGUCAGGGCAAGUUUUCACCGCUCGAGCUCCUUUCGAAACGGCCUACUUGGGCUAUAAUCUUUGCUAACUUCACCAAUAAUUGGGGGUACUUUGUUCUUCUGUCAUGGAUGCCGGUUUAUUUCAAAACCGUGUUUGAUGUGAACUUGAAGCAAGCAGCUUGGUUUAGUGCAGUUCCUUGGGGGACAAUGGCUAUCUCGGGCUAUAUUGCCGGUUACAUGUCAGAUUACUUGAUUAAAUCGGGUUGUUCUGUAACAUUGGCAAGGAAAAUCAUGCAGUCGAUUGGUUUUAUCGGGCCUGGAAUCGCUUUGAUCUGUUUGAAUUAUGCAAAUACGCCAAAGAUUGCGUCCGUGUUUUUAACUCUAGCCUUGAGCUUCAGCUCGUUCAGUCAAGCCGGUUUUUUGCUUAAUAUGCACGAUAUUGCGCCGCAAUGCGCAGGACUUCUUCACGGUAUUUGUAAUUCAGUUGGAACACUAGCAGCAAUAAUAAGUACAAUUGGGACUGGUUUCUUUGUGCAGUGGCUAGGUUCCUUUCAGGCAUUCUUAACUCUCACAGCUUGUCUGUAUUUUGCAACAACUGUGUUUUGGAAUCUUUAUGCUACUGGAGAAAGAAUCUUUUAG